AUGAAACUUAGCAUUCUUGCAACCAUCUUCAUGGCAUUUGUAUCAUUCAAUCAAGCUCUUGGUUCAAUGACUCACAGCCUCAAGAGCGAAGAAGCAAUUGCAUCAGAUUUGGUCAACCACGCUCAUGAAUCAGGUGGUCCUCCAGGCAUUCCUGAUAUCUGGAUAUGUACCGCUUGUGCAGAUAGGGGGGGACCUUACAAAUGCCCUGAACACAAGAAAUAG